AUGGAUAGGAUAAAACAUAAAUUAAGCAAUGUAUUAGCAACAAAAGCUGCUACCUAUGAUAAUGCAUAUCAUGAACGAAAAAGACAAAAAAUUACCGAAGAUUUGAUAUGGGAAAAACUAAAUGAAUCAGGUCUUGGUAAAUAUGUUAAUUUGCUAAAAGAUGAAGAAGUUGAUAAGGGAACAUUCCUGGCAUUAACAAACAAUGAUCUCAUUGAUAUUGGUAUCACUGAUGUAUCACAUCGAAAUGCUCUACUUAGAAUUGCUAAAAGUUUAAGAUAUUGA